CACCACACAACAUAGUAAAAUAGGAAAGAAGAGAAAAGGAAAUUGAAUGAGAGUCCUCCCUUCUCACCUCCCUCUCUGUCAUGUCAUAAUCGCAUCGCAUCUGCAUUUCAAUUCAUUCCCAUUCUUCUCCUUCUCCUUCUCCAUCGAUCCGAAAUGAGCACCGGCGACCUCCUCCACAUUGAUCCUCUUGAACUCAAGUUCAUCUUUGAAUUGAAGAAGCAGAUCUCAUGUUCUCUUCAAUUAUCAAAUCAGACCGAUGAAUAUGUAGCUUUCAAGGUGAAAACGACAAAUCCCAAGAAGUAUUGUGUCCGUCCAAACACUGGGGUCGUUUUGCCACGUUCUACAUGUGAUGUUACAGUCACCAUGCAAGCGCAGAAGGAAGCUCCACCUGAUAUGCAAUGCAAGGAUAAGUUUCUUCUUCAAAGCGUCAAAGUAGAGGAUGGAGUCACCGCAAAGGAUAUCACUGCAGAAAUGUUCAACAAGGAAGCAGGGCACAUUGUUGAAGAAUGCAAAUUAAGAGUGGUGUAUGUUGCUCCACCUCAACCUCCGUCUCCGGUUGCGGAAGGUUCCGAGGAAGGCUCAUCGCCUAGAGGUUCUGUUUCUGAGAACGGAAAUGUCAAUGGUUCUGACUCUGCAACUGGAACAAGAGGAUUUACUGAACGGGCUUCAGACAAAUCUGCAGAGGCAAAAGCUCUUAUAGCAAGGUUGACUGAAGAAAAGAAUAAUGCAAUUCAACAAAAUAACAAGCUUUCUCAGGAACUGGACAUGCUGAGACGUGAAAGCAACAAAAGUCGUGGGGGUAUCUCGAUGCUUAUUGUCAUAUUAAUUGGUUUGCUCGGCAUAAUUAUGGGGUAUAUCAUGAAGAAGGCCUAAGUGUUUUUGAGAUUCCAUCUUUUACCAUACUUUUUAGUUUCCCUAUUGUUCCUGACUAUUCAUGAAAUGAUGACGAAGGAAAAAUAGGUUAAUUCAGCAGGUCUUUUCUUUUCUCUGUGGGAGGGUUGUUAUAAUUUUGGAUGUAGAAACAUUAGUUGAUAGUGUGGGUCUAUGCUUUUGCUUGUAGAGCAGAUUAUUGUGAACUGACUCAUGCUUUCGGUAACAUGCAUUCUUUUUGUAACUUAUGGAAGAUUGUUUUGUGUGGUUCAUCAAGUGACUAUCUGGAAAUGUCAACAAAGACCAGUAGUAACAGGAACAGUAUCAUUUAUUUCCCUGAUCA